GUUGUCGGACGUGUGGUUGUGGCCGAAGUGACAAAUUGAUUUUGUGCAACGAAACAGGACACCUUUUCUAUCUAUGGAUAUUUUUCAAGUUUUCAGAAAGGCCUGAACUGCAACUGUUGCCACACAUACACACGCAUUGAAGGAACGAAAAAUAUCACGAAAUAAGACAGAAGCCAACGAAAAACUUCGAGUGAUUCCGGUGGUUUUCGUGCACGUAGAAGAUCACCCCAGGCAGUCGCAAUGGCCACCCUAUCCUUGCGUAUCUCCAUCCCGGAGAAAAACGCCACGAAGAUGAUGCAAUUCGACCCAAGCACAUCCGUUUACGACGCUUGCCGUAUUAUCAGAGAGAAACUCGCUGAAGCGGGUAACAUGGGCCAACCCAAGGACUACGGGUUAUUCCUUGCCGACGAGGACGUGAAGAAGGGCGUGUGGUUGGAGCCAGGCCGGAACCUCGAUUAUUACAUCCUGAGGAACGGCGAUCUGCUCGAGUACAGACGUAAACUGCGGACCUUACGAGUGCGCAUGUUGGAUGGAACGCUGAAGACGUUGCUAGUGGAUGACAGCCAACCAGUCGCCAAUCUCAUGGUAGUAAUUUGUACGAAGAUAGGUAUCACGAACCACGACGAGUACUCGUUGGUACGCGAGUUGGCCGACGAGGAGACCGAGAAUCAAAAGCCGGGCAAUUUUGGAACUCUCACCCUGAAGAGGAGGAAAGAGGAGAAGGGCGAGCGAGACGCCAAGAUGGAUCAGUUGAGGAAGAAACUCAAGACUGACGAUGAAGUGAAUUGGAUAGAUCCCAGUAAAACGUUACGAGAGCAAGGGAUAGACGAGUCAGAAACGGUGCUGCUACGGAGAAAGUUUUUCUUCUCCGAUCAAAAUAUCGACAGCCGAGAUCCGGUGCAAUUAUCUCUUUUGUACGUUCAAGCUAGAGACGCAAUUCUAGAUGGCACGCAUCCGGUUACUCAGGAAAAAGCUUGUAUUUUCGCUGGGAUACAAUGCCAGAUCCAGUUCGGUGAUCAUAAGGAAGACAAACACAAGCCUGGCUUCCUCGACCUCAAGGAAUUUCUACCGCAGUCCUACCUGAAGGUGAAGGGCAUUGAAAAGAAGAUCUUCGCAGAGCACAAGAAACACAUCGGCCUCUCCGAACUCGACGCGAAAGUUCUGUACACUAGAACAGCAAGGUCCCUGAGUACCUACGGUGUCACGUUUUUCCUAGUGAAAGAGAAGAUGAAGGGCAAAAACAAGCUGGUGCCCCGUUUGCUAGGUGUCACCAAGGACUCAGUCCUGCGACUCGACGAGAAAACGAAAGAAAUAUUAAAAACAUGGCCGCUAACUACCGUCCGACGUUGGGGUGCCUCUCCAAACACUUUCACCCUCGAUUUUGGCGACUAUUCCGAUCAAUAUUACAGCGUGCAGACCACGGAAGCGGAACAGAUCCUUCAAUUGAUCGCAGGAUAUAUUGAUAUUAUACUGAAGAAGCAGAAGGCCAAGGAUCACUUCGGUAUCGAAGGUGAUGAGGGCUCGACUAUGGUCGAAGACAGCGUAUCACCUUUGAAAGCAACCAUCAUGCAACACGAAACAAGUAACGUUGGCAAAGGAAACGUGGAAGCAGUAUCAGUCGCCAUACCAGCAGUCAUGAGAGUUGGAGGAGACGGUGCUCGACCAUAUGGGACCGGGCACAUGGGCGGUGCUCAAUACACGACUGUCAGCGGCCAGGUGAACAUCGCUCACGCUCCACCGAUGGUGCAACAAACCAAGGUCACAUCCGUCCUGUCCGAACCACAACGUGCCUUACUGUCGACUAUCACCGCUGGUCACGAGGUGAUCCACAUCGCGGAGACCGAGUUAUCGUGCAAGGCUCAGCUUCCUGAACUGGGGACAGAUCCAGUGUCCCUGAAAUGGAUCGAACAGACCAUAGACACGCACAAACAGAACGUAGGUUCGCAGAUCGCGGCGAUGAACGCCGCAACUGCUCAAGUAGUCACCCUGACAUCUGGUCCGGCCGACGAUGUGGAUCACACAGCGGUGGGUGCAGCGAUCACCACGAUCGCCACGAACCUCCCAGAAAUGACCAAGGGAGUCAGGAUGAUUGCUGCUCUGAUGGACGACGAAUCCUCCGGAGACAGACUCCUGGACGCAGCGAGGAAGCUGUGCUCGGCUUUCUCUGAUUUGCUGAAGGCCACUGAACCUGAGACCAAGGAGCCAAGACAGAAUCUGCUGAACGCCGCGUCCCGCGUUGGCGAGGCUUCUCACCAAGUGUUGACCACGAUCGGCGAAGAGAACGACUCGAACCGAGAGCUGCAGGACAUGUUGCUGGCCCUGGCUAAAGCUGUAGCGAACUCCACAGCCGCGCUGGUCCUCAAAGCAAAGAACAUCGCAGCCACCUGCGAAGAUUCAGCGACGCAGAACCGUGUGAUCUCAGCAGCCACACAAUGUGCCUUGGCAACCUCACAGCUGGUAGCCUGUGCAAAGGUGGUAGCACCUACGUUGCACUCUCCAGCCUGCCAGACGCAGCUGAUGAACGCGGUCAGAGAGGUGACCAAAGCUGUGGAGGGUUUGCUGGAAGUGUGCAACGAAACAUGCGGUGACGAGAACCUGCUGAAAGAAUUGAACGCUGCUGCCAGCGAGGUUAGCAGAACGCUGAACGACCUGUUGAACCACAUAAAAACUGCCACCAGAGGCGAACGAGCUAAGGAGUCCAUCCAGGAAGGAGCCGUGGAGACGAUAUUCGUGGCAACUGACAAGUUGUUCGCUAGCACAGGAGACGCCGGUGAGAUGGUGAGGCAGGCAAGAGUUGUGGGCCAAGCAACGGCUCAAUUGAUUCAAAGCAUAAAGGGCGAAGCAGAAAGGCAGACCGACUCCGAACAGCAGCGACGAUUGCUGGCCGCGGCGAAGGUGCUGGCUGAUGCCACCGCGAAGAUGGUGGAGGCAGCUAGACAGUGCGCUAGCAGCCCUCACGACGCGAAGAUGCAGGAUCAGCUGCGCCAAGCUGCCGAAGAACUGCGAGCAGCGACCACAGCGGCUGCCACUCCAGCCUUGAGGAGGAAGCUGAUCAGCAGACUGGAAGCUUGCGCCAAACAGGCGGCUUCUACCGCUACCCAGUGCAUAGCCGCUUCAUCAGGAGCCGCGCAUCACAACACCAACCCGUCUAGUCAGGAAGAAUUGAACGCAGAAUGUCUGGCGAUGGCGCAACACAUACCAAACCUAGUGGCUGGGGUGAAAGGAACACAGGCUCAGCCAGAUAACUCAUCCGCACAGUUGAAUUUGAUCAAUGCUUCCGAACAGUUCCUGCAGCCUGGUACGGCUGUGGUGAAAGCUGCCAGGGCUGUGCUACCAACGGUUACCGAUCAGGCCUCUGCUCUGCAGUUGACAGAAACUUCUCAGCAACUAGGUGCUUCUCUGUCUGAUCUGAGAUCAGCCGUGACGCGUGCCAGGGAAGCCUGCGGUGGUUUGGAGCUGGACGCUGCUGAAGAGCUGAUCAAUAGUCUGAAGGACGAGCUAGGAGAGUUCUAUAGAGCCGUAGAGGCUGCCUCUUUGAGACCCCUGCCCGAUGAGACAACAGAGUCCACCGCUCUUCGGUUGGGCGCCACCUCGAAGAACGUUGGAUUCGCCAUGGCUCAACUGCUGUCCGCUGCUAAACAAGGAAACGAGAACUACACCGGCAGCGCUGCUAGGGAAACCGCGUCUGCACUUAAAGAUCUGACUUACGCUGUUCGUGGUGUAGCUGCUACAUCCAACCAACCUGACACGCAGAAGAAGGUACUGAUGACCGCUGACGACGUUAUCCUGAAGUCCCUGCGGUUAGUGAAAGAAGCUAGACGAGCUCUGAAGAGUCCUGAUAAUCCAGAUAAUGAGGCCAACUUAGCAGCUGUUGCCAAAGAUGUGUCGAAUUCGCUGAACAAGUGCGUGUCUUGUCUACCUGGCCAGAGAGACGUCGACGAAGCGAUCAAGAAUAUCGAAGACAUGACUCAGGUGCUAGGCAUGAACGAGUUUCCACAAACCAACAAGAGUUAUGGACAACUGCAGAGCGACUUGAACAACGCAGCCGCAAACCUGAACGAUGCUUCUUCAAACGUAGUGUCAUCAGUGCGAUCACCAGUGCAGUUGGCAAGCUCUUCGAAGCAAUUCACUAACGCAUUCGGUGACUUACUGGACGUAGGAAUGGAGAUGGCAGGCCAGACGGCUGUCGAAACUCGAAGCCAGAUGGUCGUGUCCUUGAAGAACGUAAGCAUGACGUCCAGUAAGCUCUUAGUGACCGCCAAGUCGGUCGCAGCUGACCCAAGUGCUCCAAACGCGAAGAAUCAACUCUCGGCAGCUGCUCGAGCUGUGACAGAUUCCAUCAAUUACCUGGUGGAUGUCUGUACCUCCGCUGCACCUGGUCAAAACGAGUGCGACAACGCCAUCAGAAACAUCCAAUCAAUGAGAUCGCUUCUUGACAAUCCUAGUGAACCAAUUUCCGACGCAACUUACUUCGAAUGCCUCGAAACCGUGAUGGAAAAGAGCAAGAGCCUUGGUGAUGGUAUGACAGGAAUAGCCAACCACGCGAAGAAGUCUGAACACGAGCAGUUCUCGGUGGCUGUCCGAGGAGUUUCUUCGUCGAUUUGCGGAUUGAUCGAGGCUGCAGCUCAAGCAGCAUACUUGGCGGGUGUGAGCGACUCCACAUCCGUGGCUGGAAAACCUGGUCUCGUGGAUCAGGCCCAGUUCCUCAGGGCUGCUCAGGCUAUUCACACCGGUUGCCAGAGUCUUGGAAACCCUACUAGUACCGAGCAGCAGGUCCUCUCGGCAGCCACCAUGAUCGCGAAAUACACCAGUGCCCUCUGCAAUGCUUGUCGCGAAGCCUCCAACAAAACCAGCAACCCCGUUGCAAAACGUCAUUUCGUUCAGUCUGCUAAAGACGUCGCUAACUCCACGUCAGCUCUGGUGAAGGAGAUCAAAGCUCUGGAUCAGAACUACUCUGAGACCAACAGGGAAAAGUGUGCAGAGGCCACGAAGCCUCUUCUGGAAGCGGUCGAUAACUUGUGUACCUUCGCCAGCUCUCCAGAGUUCGCCAGUCAACCCGCGAAGAUAUCUGUCGCCGCUAGAGCCGCUCAGGAACCAAUCACCAGCGCCGGCAAAGCCAUCAUCGAUGGCUCUUGCGCGAUGGUGCGCGCCGCAAAGAGCCUAGCGAUCAGUCCGAAAGAUCCUCCAACUUGGCAGCUAUUAGCUAACCACAGCAAGAGCGUCAGCGACUCGAUAAAGUCCUUGGUCGCUUCCAUUCGCGACAAGGCACCGGGACAGAAAGAAUGCGACUCAGCAAUCGAAAAGCUCUCCGCCAGGAUUAGAGAACUCGACGCCGCUUCUCUCAGCGCCGUUUCACAAGCUCUGCUACCCCGCAGAGAGAACACAGUUCAAGGAUUCACCGAUCAGAUGGAGAGUAGUGCCAGCGAAUUACGUGAGAAGUUAGAACCCCUUCGAACAGCCGCUAAAUACGAAGCUGAAAAUGUUGGCCACGCUGUCAGUCAGAUUGCGUUAUACUGCGAGCCUUUAGUUACUGGUGCUAUCGGUGCUGCCUCGAACAUGGUGCACUCCAAGCAACAAAUGGUGCUAUUAGAUCAGACGAAAACAGUCGCUGAAUCCGCUCUGCAGCUAGUCUGUGUGACCAAGGAGUCCGGUGGCAAUCCAAAGGCUAUCAACUUGCAUACGGAAGUAGACGAAACCGUGGAGUCCAUGAAGGACGCGUUACAGGAAUUGCAAAAUACUUUAGAGACAAUCUCUACAUCUAAUGGCAUCGUUACUGGGCUGAUCGAUACUAUCUCUCGAGCGAUGGUCAGGCUGGAAGAUCACAGAAUGUCGACGAUCGAUACGGUUGAUUCUUACGUUGAUUAUCAGACCAGGAUGGUGGAGGCUGCUAAGGAGAUUGCGCGACUGGCACAGGAAAUGUCAACAAAAUCCAGUACAGACGUAGCGAGACUAGGUUCCCUCGCAGUGGACAUCUCCCACAAGUACACUCAGCUAGCUCGCGACACAUCCGGUGCCUCUGCAGCCGCCUCCAACGCCGAUGUAUCUUCAAGGCUGCGCACAGGCGUGCAGGAACUCGGUAGAUCCUGCGUCGACAUAGUCCGUGCAGCAGGGACCUGUCAGAUGUCACCUGGCGACGCGUACGCCCAAAGGGAAGUAGCAGAACAGAGCAAAAUCGUGACAGGAAAAGUGUCGCAAGUGCUAGCCGCUCUCCAAGCAGGCUCCAGAGGCACACAGGCGUGCAUCAACGCAGCUAGCACGGUUUCAGGCAUCAUCGGUGACCUGGAUACCACGAUCAUGUUCGCCACAGCCGGCACCCUGCACGCGGAGAACGAGGGAGACACGUUCGCCGAUCACCGAGAGAACAUUUUGAAGACUGCCAAGGCUCUCGUCGAAGACACCAAGACCCUAGUAGCCGGAGCAGCUUCCUCUCAGGAACAACUGGCAGUCGCGGCACAGAACGCAGUGUCCACAAUCGUUCAGUUGGCCGAAGUCGUAAAAUAUGGCGCUGCCAGUUUGGGCAGCCAGAACCCUGAGGCUCAGGUGAUGCUGAUCAACGCGGUGAAGGAUGUCGCAUCCGCACUUGGUGACCUGAUACACGCAACCAAGGCUGCUAGUGGAAAACCCAUCAACGACCCCAGCAUGGCGCACCUCAAGGACUCCGCCAAGGUGAUGGUAACCAACGUAACGUCCCUGCUGAAGACAGUCAAGGCCGUCGAAGACGAACACACCCGCGGCACCAGGGCCCUAGAAUCCACGAUCGAGGCGAUAGCCCAGGAAAUCCGAGCCCUGAACACCUCCGAGAACCAGAAGCUCAACGUAACCCCCGAAGACCUAGUCCGCUGCACGAAGAGCAUCACGAUUUCGACCGCGAAAGCGGUGGCCGCUGGAAACAGCUGCAAGCAGGAUGACAUCAUCGCGGCAGCCAACAUGGGACGGAAAGCCAUCAGCGACAUGCUGACGAUUUGCAAAGGAGCAGCUUACAACUGUGCAGAGACAGCUGAAUUGAGAGACAGGACUCUUCAGGCUGGCCACGAUGUGGCGAUCAACUAUAGAGAGCUGCUGCAAGCUAUUCUGCAAAUAUCGUCAAGAUCGGGCGAUGCGAAGCACAUGUUGCCACCAAUUUCUAGGAAGAUCGCUCAGAGUGUGACGGAGCUGGUAGCGGUGGCUGAGUUGCUGAAGGGCAAUGACUGGGUGGAUCCUGAUGACCCGACUGUGAUUGCAGAGAACGAGUUGCUGGGUGCUGCUGCCAGCAUUGAUGCUGCUGCUAAGAAGCUUGCGAGUUUGAGACCCAGAAGAAGCAUACAGGAAGCAAACGAAGACAUGAACUUCGACGAAAUGAUCCUGGAAGCCGCAAAAUCAAUAGCAGCAGCCACGUCGGCCUUGAUAAAAGCUGCAAGCGCCGCUCAGAGAGAGCUGAUAGCGACAGGAAAAGUAUCUCGAACACCUCUGACCAGUUCAGACGACGGCCAAUGGUCCGAAGGGUUGAUAUCCGCCGCAAGAAUGGUGGCGGCAGCGACGCACAGUCUUGUAGAGUCAGCGAAUGCCCUGGUCCAAGGAGUCAGUUCAGAAGAGAAGCUGAUUUCCAGCGCGAAACAGGUGGCCAGCAGCACUGCGCAGUUGUUAGUCGCUUGUAAAGUAAAGGCAGACCCUGAUAGCGAGAGUACGAAGAGAUUGCAAGCAGCUGGAAACGCGGUGAAGCGCGCGACGGACAACCUGGUGCGGGCUGCUCAGCAAGCUAUCCAACAGGAAGAAGAUCGGUCGUUGAUUCUGAACCGCAGGAUGGUCGGUGGAAUCGCGCAGGAAAUAAACGCGAGGUCAGAGGUCCUUCGUAUCGAGAGGGAACUUGAAGAAGCCAGGGGAAGACUCACUGCGAUUCGACAGGCCAAGUACAAGAAUCGUCCAGACUUGGCGGGAACUGAUACCGAAGCCGAACAAAGUGGAUACGAAAGCUACACGAGCAGCGUUGACCAAUUUGCCAGCAGCAGGCAGAACCUGGUCAGCCCCGAAAAGGUGUACUCCACGCAAAGCACCUUGGAGAGGAAGAUGAAAGACAGUCAAUACAGAUCCGCAAUGGAGAAUCAGUACGGAUCGUACGAUAAAAGAUACGGCAUAGAGAACCAGUACGAUAAGCGAUACGCUUCGGAGAGUCCGUACAUUACUUCUGACAAAAAGAUGACGAUGGAUGGUGCAGGUAGCCAGUACAGCUCUAUAGAAAGGAAGAUCAACCAGGAGAGCUACGGCAGUAUCGAGAGGAAGCAGAUGGACGGUCCCUAUCCACCUGUCCACACCAUGACAUACUCCCCGGUGUCUCCUACUCGCAAGGCUUUCCAGGAACAGCAGCAGCACACUUACGAGAAAUACUCCCAGGAUCAGUACUCCGGCGAGGACAGAUCUUACGAGCAGAAGUCUUACUCGCCCAAUCAGGAUCUCAGAUACUACGACACCGUGGAUAGGUACUCCGGACUCGGUUCCAUGAGCACCUUCAAGUCCGACAAGCAGGCUGAGCAGCGUUUUGGAGGCCUUCCCCAGAAUCAGUCCUACAGGAACGUGGAGAGCAAACUGAUCCCUGGAGGGAGAAUGGAGACCAUCACGACGAAGGUGUACACCUCCACUCCUGGCAAGACCACCAGCUCGAACUACGAGUCCACGGAGGAGACCAAAGAGUACGCCACCUCCGGCAACGAGCUGUCCACGUUCAAGGCCGUCGACAAUGACACCCUGGAGGAACGCCUGACGAAGCAGUCGAUGACGCAUAAAGUCACCGAGAAGAAAACUGUAACCAUGACAAUGUCCAGCAGACAGGAGUCGAACACCAAGACAUUCCGAUUCGAGGAGAAGUAAUCGAAUGUGGAGGGAUGUCCUUAACGAAGAAACUGCCUGGGAACGUUGUCCGACGCACAAACAGCCAAUGGGGCUUUUAGUUUGAUUUUUAAUGUAAUAUUAUGUGUAAGAGCGGCUAGGCUGUCCCUCGGAAUAUAGUUACAUGUAUUUUCGUAUCUGCUAAUCCGAUAGAUGAUAGAAUGUAAUGUGUAAUUAAUUGAUAAUGGAAAGAACAGGGGAAUGUUUAGAACUGGAGGUUAUACUCUUGCUUGAGGCUUUUUACGUUGAGGAAUGAAUUUUAUUAGGAAAUUGAAGUAGGUUUACUUGUUGGUUUAAAUGUGUAAUUCGAUUUAGAUGAAUCUUGUUCUUGUUUUAUUAUUAACUAUGAUCAGUUUAAAUAUGAUGAAGUGUUUCUUUUAAUAGUAGAAGUCAAGUGUAGAAAGUGGAUAUAUAGAUGAUACAGUUGACUGAUUUGUACAUGUUUAAAUUAAAAAUUAGAGUUCAUCUUAUUUGUACAUGUGAAAGGACUCAGACAAGGUUCAAGUUUUGAACAUUCCUUGAUCAUAGUAAGAUCACAGAAUGUAACUGGAUAUUGCUUGCGAAUUUAUUGGAAAAGGCCAGCCGAAUGCUAAACAUUGCCGAUGUAACAGACAAUCUAAUCUCACGUUUGAUAGUAACAUUUGUACGGUUCCUGUUAACAAAGCUCUGCUUUUUCUCUUUGAGCUCUUUUCUAAUGCUUUUUCUGACCAUGUGAAAGUUUGAGAUAUAACCUUAAAAUUGCCUUGCUGACUGGGAACGUACGACUAGGUCAAUUAAAGCGAUAUUCCUCGGAAGUACAAGCAUUAACAAAGUAAUACGAUUAUGCAGAAUGUGACAGUAAUUGUAAAAUGACAUUCUUCAAGUAAAAAUAGAUUGAUGCGCAGAUAAAUUUUUUGACUGCGUUGCAACUAAUAAUAAUUUAAUCAGUAAUGAACACUGUAAUGAUACUAAUGCAAUUAAUGGAAUUUAUAAUGUUAUUUGUAACAGAAUAUGUUACUCUAAUUUUCAGUUUAGUUUUACAUGAAGAAUUGUCCAGUUACUGUCACUCCAUGCACAAACAAUUCGUCCCCAAUAUAAAGGAUACAUUUUAACGCCUUUGUACGAUAAUUCUAUAUAGCGACGAAGAUAGAAGUGUCCUUAGAGUUAACUGUGUGCUUUCAAAAUUAGACUUCCUAAGAAUAAUUAUUGCCUCGAAACGAUGGACAAUAACCGUCCCGAUUGCGAAUUGAUUCGUUUCAUGUAAAUCGCGAUUAUACGAGUUUGUUCAUAUUUUUGCACUGACAAUUUUCCAACUUUUGAUAUCGUGUUCCAUUUGAGAAACUUUUUCAAAAUCGAUCAAUUAUUGUAAUUUUAUAUAAAGUCAACGUCUAAUUUCUAAAGAAAGUUGACGAAUUUUUAUUAAAUUUGUUACGUCUGUUACACCAGGGCUUCCCAAAGUAUGACUUUCUUACAAAAUGAUAAAUUUUCAAAGGGUAUACAUUUACAAAGGUAUAAAUAUGGAAUGUACUGAGACACACUUUGGGAAUUUCUGGUCUAUACCUUUCAUAUAAUUUCAAAAGGCAUUAACUUUUGUUAAAUUGUUUAUAUUUGACGUCGUAACCCUUAAAGCACCGCAGAUACAUGGUACAGUUGUAUGCAGUUUGGUUUUUUUUGUUGAGACAAGUGUAAAGGAAGGAAUAUCUAGAUUAGGUUUACUUGAGGCUCCUUUUAAAUUAUUCAUAAGAUCUAAGUUCCUCUAAAACUCUGCUCAGUUCUUCCUGGAUUUUGAAACUCUUUCCUGAAAUCUUCCAUAACUUUCAAGUUCUUUUUGAAUUCUUCCUAAACUCUCAAGUUCUUCCAAUUAGAUAUUCCUUCCUCACAUUUAUCUUUAAUUAAAGAAAACCAAAUUGCACUGUAAAGUACACAUUUAUGUAACUAAAUAGUCAAGGUUGGAGCAGUUCCUCCAUAAAUUACUAAACAUUACAAGUAAAAUGUCCAUCUUCUAUUUUAUCUCAAAAACAUCUAUUAGGAUCAGAAUAUACAGUGCAAUUAAAUACUACAGUACAAUAAUGUUAUGUGAAAUUAUAAAAAUUUUGAAAGUGUGGAGGACCUAGUCCAUCCAGAACAAAAGUUACAUAAAUGGGUACACCUGAUUUAGUUUAGUUCUAAUUUAACUUUAAGUUUAAGACCACGGAUUGACAAGAGAAGCAACAUAUCAUUUAAUUUUAUUAACUUUCCGACACCGUGCGGCCUGGUCCCACGGUGAUGUCUUCGCCCCCUUUUACCUUUUAACAUUUUCCACAUUUCCGGGAUUAACAUUAUUGUUUAAGUGCGUCUUUAUUUGUUGCUUACACUCACAUUUAUAUGUAUUUCUUUUACCUGCUGUUUUAUACCAUUUGCGGUGGCUCGUUAUUUUUAAUUAAUAGUUCAAUCGUUAGCCUCAAGACUGUUUAUUGAAAGUAAUUCAAGUUUGCUUUGACAAACUGAUAGCGUGUAUAAUACAAGUAAUUUUUAAUGAAAGUGUUUGAAAAGAUGCUAGUGGAGAGGCCAAUGAUUGGACAGACCUUCCAAGUGAUCGAUUAGUACAAUUAGUCUUUCCAGGGUAGACGAACAAUUGUAAAUAGAUGUUAGAUAUUUUGCAUAAAACUUUCGAAACGCAAAAGACAAUUUAGAAAAUGAAACUAUUGAUAAAACGAAAAGUGCCUAAGUCAAAUGAGCUGCCGCUUUUUCACGUAGCGAAUGUAGGAUUUUUGAAUAUUACCAAAAAUCAAAUGCUUUACUAAUGUUCGAUAGUGUAAUAUUAUGGUAAACGAACACGAAGGGUAAUUAUGUAAAAGGAUUUUUUAACUUCCUUUCACGCGAAUGAAAUUGCUUGGAAUUUUGAGGGGACAGAUUUUUAUUGUCCACUUCGAGAUGCAGAUAUUGUGUUGCAGAAUUAUAGAUACAAAAAAUCAAACUGAACACAAAACAUUUUUCUAUAUAAAUUUUAUGUAAUGUAAAUUAAUUAAUCAAAGUGGUACUUGUGCAAAUAACAUUCCAUAAUAUGAACUGAUGAAAAUUUGAACUACAUAAAAAAUUUAAUCAUCCCCAUAAAAUAUACAGACACUUUUUAUAUUUCAAUUUUAAAAUAAAAAUUAUGUAUACAUGUAGUUAAACAAAUUAUGAGAUUCAAUGUAAUUAAAUCAUUUAAUAUACUGCAGAAGAUCAUCAUAGGUUAAGUGUUAAACUUAUGUCGUCCUUGUAAAAAUUUGAUAGUAAAAAGUUAAUUUAUGUACCAAAACUUUUUGUCCAACGAAAAUUGUAUCUGUAAUUCUGAAACAAUUUGUGUAUACGUAUCUGUUCACAUUAUUUAUAAACUAACAUUUAUUUAUGUAAAAUAUAUUUUAACGAUUUUAUAAUGGAUAACUAUUAAAGUGUAUAGAAUAUAUAACGAACGUUUACACUUUUAAGUUGAAUAUCAGAUAAGUAUGUGAACAGAUAGGUGAAUCACGGUAAAUACAUUACUGCAUUUAGGGUAAUAUAUUUUGAGAACGAUCGUCGUUUUUAUUUUUUAUUCUAUAGGUGUGUGCCAUGAUAUAUAAGAAAGUAUAUAAAUAUACAUUUUAACAGAAAUUAUACAGGAUAAUUGUACGAUAGAUUUAUAUAAUAUAUACGUCGUUAAAAAAAAAA